AAAAGUUGCAAGCUGCGACGAGAUAAAUGUUGAAAAGUCUUAUCCCAAGGCGUCUUAUAUCCAUAGUAGCUCGUACUAGAACAUUCACAAUGACCACCAGCCCCAUCCGCUCGCCUCCCGCAAAGCGUUUCAAACAGGAACUACCUGCAGACUUUACGCACGUCACAGAGGCUCCCGUCAAUGCUCUCUUUGCGGAACCGUCAAAGCCUCAGCAGCAGCCCAAGAAACAAACAAAGAGAGACAGGCGAAAGGGAAGAAAGCCCUUGCCGGAACCAUUCUCUCCGGCAGAUGUCAUGUGGCAUGAUGUUCGUGAUUUCCUCGGACCAGAGUAUGUCGACGAGUUGUUGGCUAAGAAGGAUGGAAGUGAAUGGGAGGCACCGAGCGAGUUGGGGAGUUUUGUGGUUAUCGAAUUGACUGCCGGUGCUUUUACCGUUUCGGGCGAAUCUCUGUCGUUAUUCCAAUCCGGCGAGAAGAAAUGGGCCAUCAUCACACCAUUUGCUCACCCUGGCGACCGUAUCCGCGCCAAAAUCUACAAGCACGAUCGUCUCCAUUGCCUCGCCGACCUCGUCGAAAUCCUAGAGUACAGCGAUACUUACCGAGGCGGUGAGGGCGAUAGACGGGUCAACCCCGAUGCGGGUUGCAAGUACUUUGGAGAAUGCGGCGGAUGUCAGCUUCAACCUGUACCUUAUCACCUCCAACUCCAACAUAAACUGCGCACUGUCCAACUUGCAUAUGAACGAUUCUCCACUUUACCGUCUUCUCUAGUACCUACCAUCUUACCCACCAUCGGUUCUCCUAAACAGUGGGGGUACCGUACCAAGAUCACCCCACAUUUUGAUGCCCCUCCUAAAUGGGCAAAGGAAAAGCUCGUCAAGCUUCAAGCGGAAGCAGCGUCUCCUGGGGAGGAAGAAGCACUCAACGCGGAGGAUGAAGCAAGGAAAGGAUGGGAGUGCAGAGUCGGGUUUGAACGUAAAGGUAAACCCGGUGUGAUGGAUAUCGAAGAAUGCCCCAUUGCCACGCCCGUACUCAAUACCCAACUCACCCUUUCUCGUGCCCAAGUCAAAUCUAGCAUCAUGUCCUACAAAAAAGGCGCUACCAUCCUCUUACGUGAUGCCCUUCUCGAACCUGAACCUUUACCCACAGCGGAGAACCCAUGGAACGUACAAGAAGCGGGCGAGGAGGAACAUGUAGCAGUGACGGAUCACAAGGCGCAAGUGUAUGAACGCGUAGGGCCAUGGUUGUUUUCCUUCACAGCGGGGAGCUUCUUCCAGAACAACAACUCAAUUCUUAUCCCGCUCACUACAUACGUGCAAGAAGCCAUCUUUGCCCCCAAUCCCAACCCCAACCUCCCCCGUCCAACUCACCUGGUAGACACAUACUGCGGCUCCGGUUUAUUUGGCAUCACCCUCUCCCCGUCAUUCAUUGCCGUCGCUGGAGUGGAGAUUUCCUCGCUCAGUAUAGAAGCGGCGAAGAGGAACGCGGAGAUGAAUGGGCUAAAGGAUAAGACGACGUGGUUGUGUGGGAAAGCGGAGGAUAUCUUUGGAGGGUUGGCCGAGCAGGGUUUUGCGGGAAGACAUUCUUGUGUUGUCGUUGAUCCCCCAAGAAAAGGCUGCGACACCCCCUUCCUCGAUCAACUCCUCAACUUCCGACCUCUCACUAUUGUCUAUGUCUCGUGUAACGUACACACCCAAGCGAGGGAUGUGGGUUACCUCGUCCAUGAAAGUAACAAGCGUGGACAAGUUAGUGAAGGAAAAGAAGAAGGUGUGAAAGGGUGGAAAUAUACAGUAGAGAGUUUGAGGGGGUUCGAUCUUUUCCCGCAGACGGCGCAUGUGGAAAGUGUAGCUGUGCUGAGGCUUGAGGAGCAAUAAGCAUAAAGAAUUAAUGGUUGGUGGCUUGCGAUCAGUAAAGGAGCCCGUGGAGGUGGAAGAGAGAAGGAAAAGCAUGGCGUAGCAGUAGUGUACAUACAUCUCUUGGUCUUGCAUAUUCUCAUAUCGAUGUCUACAUUUUCUUACGUAUCAAAAAUCUC